AUGAAUGCAAAUACAAAUCCGGAAACUUUUUCAGACUGGUUUCAUUACAUGCUAAGGAACAAACAGCAAGCAAGCGCAUUGAGUGGUGGUCUUGUCAUUAUGAUAUAUAGUGGUCAGAUGUUAGCUUGGGGAAUCUUCAAUUAUAAUAUUCAAUAUGAAGAUGAAUUUUCCAAUGCAUUUAUGCCGACACUUUCAAGACUCUGGUUAUUCUGGUUGGUCGCUUCAUGGUUCAUUGCUGCAGCCGUAGCUGCCUAUCUUGGAGCUAAACUGGUCGAAAAUAUCAGAAAGAUCAAAAUUUAUAUCAUUGGCUACUCUCUAAUGAUGAUCAGCAGUUGUUUCUUUAUAAUUUUCUCAAACUGGGCUACAAUGAUUCUCGUUGCACGCAUCAUAGCUGGAAUAUCUCAUGGAAUUAGCUUUAUAUCAGUUCUUGUUCAUGCUGGAGAAAUUUGUACACCAAAAUUAAGAGGAAUGAUCGUGUCUUCAAUUCAAAUCAGUAUUUUCAUUGGCGUCUUCAUAGCUUCGCUAUCGAAUAUGCAAAGAUUUGCUGUUGGAACUUAUCAAAUUAAUUUCAACUUAAUUACUGGAAUAAUUGGAAUUGUACUGACUCUUGGUGGAUUAAUUUUGUUGUAUUUCCUUCACAUAGAAUCGCCAGUUUAUUUCAUAAGAAAACAGCAAAGCCAAAAAGCUCAAACAAUAAUGAUGAAACUAAGAAAUGAAGAUGAAUUAAGCGAUGAAACUAGAAAUGACCUUGAAGAUAUUCACAAAAUGUUCGGAGAAGAUUUUACAACAAGGGAUGAGAUGUUUGAGAAGAAAAAUAUUCAAUCAUUGACAUGGAUGAUAAUUUUACGUGUAGCUUUUGUAUGCAGUUUCAAUAUGCCAUUAAACUUAGUCUGGUUAAGUUCGAUCUUUACAACAAUAGAUUCGGGUGAGAUUGACCCAUCAGCAGUAUCACUUAUUGCUCUUUUCAUUUCUUACAUUAGUAACACUGACAGUCUUUGA